AUGCGGAAAUCAGGAGCGGAAAGGCAAUAUCCCAGAUCGGAAGAUGGUGAUCUGCUCUGGACGCCCGGCUUGGAAAAGAAGGCUAACGGCGUGGGAUGCGGUAUUAGGAGCAAUCAAGGCCGGAGGACAAUCUACGACGUAGGGGAAAGAACGAACCAUCGUCCGGCAGCGGCCGUCGAGAGCGACGGAGGCGAGAAACUGCCCGUAGUCACAACAAUGGGGUGCGCUUUCAUUAACUACUACUACCGCUGCUACCGCUGCUAG